ACUGGGCGCGUCCAAUGACUGGGGGAUCCCGGCGAGCAACAUGACUAAAAAGAAGCGGGAGAACCUGGGUGUCGCUCUGGAGAUUGAUGGGCUGGAGGAGAAGCUGUUGCAAUGUCGGAGGGACCUGGAGGCGGUGAACUCCAGGCUCUAUGGGGCGGAGCUGAGCCCAGAGGCCAGGAAGUCUCUGGAGAAGGAGAAAAACAGCCUGAUGAACAAAGCCUCCAACUAUGAGAAGGAGCUCAAGUUGCUUCGGCAGGAGAACCGGAAGAACAUGCUGCUCUCCUUGGCCAUCUUCAUCCUCCUGAGCCUCAUCUACGCCUACUGGCCUAUGUGAGCCUGCGGUUUCUCCAGUCAACAGCCCAGUCACAGCCAAGCAGGCCCUUUAGGACUCAAGAGGACCAAGGUACAAGGGGCAUUUCUACCCCACCAGACACUGAGCAGGGCUUCCUGCUGGCUCAGCCCCUCCUGCUUCCGCUCCUGGUCUCCAGGACUGUGCAGGCUCCUCCCUUAGCCCAAGGGAGAGGCAAUAAAGAACACCCAGGCGGCUGUGUGCUGA